GACUCUCUAGUGCAGUCAUUACUAAUGUAUGACAAAUUUCAAAACUACCUCUUUUCUUUCACUUCAUUCCAUAAACUCUCCCAAGUUCCAAAACUAACUACUCCACUUUUCCUGUCUUUUUAUUUAAUACUACAAUUUAUUUUAUUUAUAUGAAAUUAUGACAAGAAUUUGUUGUUAUGGAAAGAUAGAGUAUCCAAGUGAAAUUAAUUCACUUGAAAAAUAUACAUCUUCAAAUUUUUGGUAAUUUUCUAAUGAGUGAAAAAAAAGAACUUUUAAUUUUGGUAGGACUCUAGGAAGUAGGAACUGAAUGAAACUGACCAAAAACACCAUGCAAUUUCAAAUUAAUUAAAGAUAUUUAUAUAAAGAAAUAAACUUUGUUGAUUAGUUCACAAUGACAUGGAUUCUUCAUCCCAAACCCAUUUCUUAAUCUCUCUCUUAAUCUUCAAGAACACUCUGAAUCGAGAGUUGAUAAGAAGCUUGCAUGUGUAUCGAUGUGAUGAUGGGAAGGAAAGAGAAGUGGAAAGAGAGUUUGUAUUCUCAAUCAAUGGAACAUACAUGGAAAUGGAUAAUGCUAUGUGUAACCCACUUUUUCUUGGAUUAAAAACCUCAGAUGUUUUUCAUUCUCAAGGAUGUUUUGUCAAUGGUUUAUGGGUUUGCAUAUUCGCUUUCCAUGCCCAUCAUCCUCAUUUUCCUUAUCUCACAUCAAUUCCUUCUCUCCUUAAACCUUCCAAAAAUCCGAAGCUGAGGUCAAUUCCAUCACUGGCCAAUGAUCUUCAAGCAAUUUUCCAAAUGAGAUGCAUGGCCACCACAGCCAAAGAUGAUAAUGACAAAGAGAAAUCCAAUGAGAAUGAAAAUAAACCUCUAAAGAGAAAAAGCUAUUUUGUCCUUGAUCAAGAUCUUAAUUGUCUUCCUUAUCCAGACACACCUUCUGAAUCUUCAGAUGAUCAGCAAAUUGAUCAAUCCUCAUCAGGUGUGAUGGAAGAGGAUAACAAGAAGAAGAAAAGAGCAGCAAGUAAAGACAUAGCAAGACUUGCAUUAUCCGAUUUAGCCAAAUAUUUUGAUCUCCCAAUAGUGGAAGCCUCAAGGAAUCUGAAAGUAGGAUUAACAGUUCUAAAGAAGAAGUGUAGAGAAUUCGGGAUUCCUCGUUGGCCACAUAGAAAGAUCAAAUCGCUGGAUAGUCUCAUUCGAGAUCUUCAGGAAGAAAAUAGGUGGCAACAGGCGAACAAGGAUGCAGCUGAAGCGGUAGCAAAGAGGAAAGAGAUGUUGAAGAAUGAAAAGGAAAGCAUUGAGAAGACGCCUUUCUUGGAUAUGAAAACCGAAACCAAAAGGUUCAGGCAAGAUGUUUUCAAGAGAAGGCACAAAGACAGAGUUCUCAAGAAUCAACAGGCAUUAUCAAUCUCUCCAAAUUAGAUUCAUUUAAUCUUUCUUUCUUUUUUUUUGGAUAUAAAUAUAUAAAAAGAUCUUUAAUAAUCAAACACUUAACAGUUGUUAUUACUAUAACUAGAAGCUACAACAAUAUCUAUCUGAUAUAAUAUAAGUACAGACAUGUAUACAGUUGUAGCACUUUGACUUUGACUUUUGGAAGCUCAUUUUUGUGUCUUGUUGACUUGAACAAUAAGGCAUUGUUGUUGGUUUUAAUUCAAAGGUUUGAGAAACAAACUAAA